CAGAUUAACGCUAUCAAACAUUUCACUCCUCAAUUGUCAUUUGUCGACACUCACAAUCGUGUGGACACACAAAACUGCUCGAAAAUCAAUUCGACUGUAUUCAACGUCAAGCCGGACGUUUGCAUGUAUCCUGAUGGGUGUGCACCUUCAUCGCCCAACUGCGAUGUUUCCUCAGCAGAAAUUAUCAUCAAAUUCAAAUGGUCAUACUCCCAUGAUGCAUUCUGUGAAGCUUCUGGAGUUGAUAGUGUCGUAUCCCAGACGGAGAGGGGUAUGGACACGUUGGGACAAAUAGCAAGCUAUACCACAGCUCAGCUUGGCACCCAGUUCUGUACCCAUGCAUUCUCUGUCCUUAUCGUGCGUGAUCGCGCUCGCAUCAUCAGAUGGGAUAGGGAGGGAGCUAUCGUCACCGGCCCCAUCAAUUACAAUAACCAGCCCCACUUGGCCAACUUCUUUCAUCGUUACGCACGAGCAUCACCUGAAAUGUGUGGCAUCAACACUUCCAUAACACUUGCUAAUGACGAGGACGCUGACCUCACAAGGUCACAGCUAAACAUUCCCAGUACUACCCGUAUGUUCAAAGUCAAAGUCCCUAAUGCUGAGGGUUCUGGCUCGCUCACGUUGGUCAUUCCCCAACCUGUUACAAAACCUCAUUCACCUGUUGGCCGCUGGACUCGCGCAUGUCCUGCAUUUGACCUUGUUAACAAGAAGGUCGUAAUGUUCAAGGACUCUUGGUGGGUGUCAUUGCCCGAUGUCUUACCGGAAGGCGAGACCUACAAGUUGUUGAUGUCGCACAAGGUCUCCAAUAUUGCAAGCUGUAUUGCAUAUCACGAUGUACCCCCCUCUAUCCCUCAGCAAUCCACUCAAACUGCUAAGUUCAGACGCGCUAAAUGGGCAAGUUCCCAGUCACCUCUCACUCUGCACACUCUUCACUGUCUGGUCCUCAAUAUUGUGGGCGAAAAAUUGACUGACUUCGAGAGUUUUCGUCAACUUACUCUGUCUGUGCAUGACACACUGAUUGGUAUGUAUUUUUCAACUUCAUGUAGCAUAUCUUAUUCAUGA